ACGGAAACCAGUGAUUAAUGUUGACGGUAGAGUGCGCACUUUUCUAGCGAAAACACUGAACUGACCACAUGACUGCUGUUUAAAAAAAAACACGCACUCUUCAACGGGAUAUAUGGUGUGCCAUGGCACCAAAAAUACAAACCUAGCAUUUUGUAACUGCUUGAAUGGAGACUAGCAAUGGAGGAGGCAGAGGUCAUUGAUAUUGAUGACCUUUUGGGAUCUUCAACACCUGUGGAACAGCAGGACGCAGAAGAGUAUGACUUUGAGAAUUUCCCCAACGAAGGAGGGACGCCACUAGACCCUGACCCAACCAAGUUGGCAUCAAGAUCACAAUCGCACAACAGUACGUCAGUGCAAGGUGGCCACAAGCAAAGAAAUGCGACAUCAGGGAGCAACCAAUCAAAGCAAGGGCCUCGGAAAUCAUCCUUGGAGGAAGAUUUCAAAAAGCUGCUGCUGUCUUCCAAAUCAUCCAAGAAUAAAUCGCAGGAACUGGAACCCAGCCGUGGGCGCAACAACAACAAUGUCACAUGGGAAAAGGACCCUCGAGAAACUGAGGGGUUCUCGGACGCCAAGGUGGCCCAAAACGAAGCCCUGCUGGAUGCUUUUGUUCAGGGGGAGUCCUCGGAUGCUGUGCUAUCGGACGAGGAGCUGUGCAUUGACGUUAACUCGGAGGAGCUCAUGCAGUUUAUCUUGGCGUUUGAAGCGAAUGGAGAAGGAAAUGGGGAUAAACCCAACGACAUCUCAACUUGCGCAACGGCAAAACAGAGUAUCGCAGUCAAUCAUGUACAGUGCCCAAGUGAGGAUCAAGAAAGUCUGAAUUCAUCGAUUAGCACGACAGAGUCCCGCGACGGCAGCCUGACGUCCAGUCUGGCGUCUAGCGACCUUUCCCCAAUCAGGACCAAACAGAAGGUCCCGAGAGGGAAGAGCGUCCGCUUUCUCAUGUCUAAUCUUCUGAGGAACAACAAGGCCCAGCAUCACCUCACAAGCCGAGCUUCAGGAUCGGACGAAGACAAUAAGGACGCUAAGAGAACCCUAACCAGACUGAAAGACCGGAACAAGAAGCGAGACAAAGAGGACAGAGACAGGGAACGAAUUGCCAAACAGCAGGCCAAGAUUUUGAAGACUCAAAUGAGCUCGGCAUCCUCGUCCAGCAAAACUGUAGCCGAAACAUCAUUACAGCAACAAAGAGACAGGGUACCAGACAAUAAUGCACAGCCUAGAGGUCAGAUGUCAUCCGUUGCUGUAGCGACACCUCUUAGCCCCGGGGCUAGGGACAACACCUUGCAUAAACAACUCAUACAAGCUGCAGCACGUGGCGACCGGCAGGUCCUGGAGUUUCUUCUAGCGGCCAAUGAAGGUUUAUCAGAAGUCCGUGACAAUCGUGGUAACACCUUGCUCCACGCUGUGGCCAGGCGGGGCCACGUUGAUUGCCUAGCCUGGCUGGCCGCAGGACCCUGUGCCGGGAUGCUGUCAGUUGAGAAUGAUGACUGCUUCACAGCCGCUGCCUUGGCUGUCAAGCAUGGUCAGGUGGACUGCGUCAAGUGCCUAGCUGAGCUUCCCGGCUCGGCCUCGGAGCUACACACCCAGGACCACCGCUGGUCACUGCUUCACCUCGCCGCCCGAUUCGGCCAGGAAACCUGCCUACGCUGGCUGCUAGAACACAUGCAGAUGCAAGAUAUCACAUUGGAUCAGACAGACCAUAGCAACAAUAGCCCCGCCCACCUGGCUGCCAAAUAUGGGCAUCUCUCCUGCCUACAGACUCUGGUUGAAUUCAAUUCCGACGUGACUCUACUCAACAAGAAGAAGCAAUCGCCGUGCACGUUGGCCACCAGGUACCACCACCACCCCUGUGCUCAGUAUCUGGUCGUCGUGGAAACCUGCAUCAAACUGUCCAAUGAGCUGACCGUUACGCAGAGGAAACUGAGAGAAAGUCAACAGGAGAAAGACGUAUUGGCCAAAAAGCUGAGAGAGGCCAUGUCCUGCACCGAUGCCCUGGUCCACACGCAGAAGACGGACCUCACCCAGCGUAUUGAGCAAAUCCAGGGGGAGUACGUCGACCUGACCAACCUGUUGGUCCGUCAGCUUGACCAGAUGCACCGGCACCAGACUGAUGCGGGAAACCAGUCAGGAUCCACCACAUCCAGGGAUGACUUGUUAGUAUCCAAGCAGAAGGCCGAUCAACUGGAGCAGGCCUGCUCAGAGCUGCUAGAGCUAGACCAACGGCAGGAGCUGGAAGCUAACAGAGACCAGCUGCAAGAGAUAGAGAGACGAUUGAGCAGAUUGCAGCCGCUACCGACCAGUCCGAUAUGGCCUGCCCCUCCCACGGAGUUAAGGACGGGUCUGGCAUUGGACUCUAUGAGAGCUCGUUUGAGUGAGGUCAACCAGCAGAUAUCCACCCUCCAUCACCCCAGCCCUAGUCUGGCCUCUGACAACCUAGACACCCUCAGCCUGAGCAGCAGUUACACCUCAUCCCUCAGCUCAUCCUCAUCCUCCCUACAAACGGGAGUGGUACAGUCCUCCCCGGGUCACUCAGCUAAGAAAUGCAAGACAUCGUGGAACGAGGAACUAUCACCAAGGGGGAUGUCUGCAAAUGAAGGCAAAAUGGAAACGGCACAACCUGUAACACAGAAUUCUUUACUUGGAUCUAAACCCAGUGACCCUUUGAGAGACACUCAAGAUCAAAGGUUUAGUCUUCCCCACUCACUAGACUUCCAAACGAAGGAUAACCCAAGUGUGCAAUAUAUGACAGGAGGCAUUACUGGAUCAAGGAACGACGGUAAAAAUCCAAAACUGCCGCAGUCUAAGGCGAAUGUUCACCAUGUUCAGGCGUCUAUUGAGUACAGUGAGCCUUUGCAACAAGGUCUCAGUGUUAAGUCGACUGUCGAAAAAACCCUCCAUGAACAAUUCAGGUCUUCAGGAGAUAGUGCACGUAUUGUCACCUCUCCACCUUCUUACGAGCAGUUUUGCUCAAAACACUCCAAGAGUUCCCUCAGAGUUGAGUCUUCCAUCGGGGCAGAGGACAAGGCCAAGAAACCAGACACUGUCCUGAGGAACCAAGAUGAGGAGCCACACUGUAUGGACAAAACUGAUCCGAAUACAUCCCAGGAUAGGACGGUACCAUUGGGAUGGGAGCAGCAAGGAAGCCCCAUGCCUUACCUGCUUCCAACAUUCGAAAAACUCCCGCAGAUCUCUGAUAACCUUCACCAGAUCUCAGCUAAGCUUUACUCGCAGAAUCCCAAGCACUGCCAGCAGGCCUUGCCCGGCUUCAUGAGGAAGGUUCAGCCCACUAAUGAGUUCGGAGAGCCCGAAUCAGGGAAGGUUAUCGUCAAGAUCAGCAACCGGGAGGAGUUAGAGCUCCUGCCCUCCCCGGCAACCAGCAAGACCCAGGAGCUGUCUGCUCACCAGCGGGUCGGGUCCAACUCCAGCGUCAGUAGCUUGUCCUCAGACAUCCCUUGGUCGGAGAGCGAUGCUGAUGAGUCUCCCCGCCCCGUCAGGCAGCCUCCUCGAGGAGGCAUCCUCUCCAAGAAGUCCCAGACCAAAAAGUCUCAAGAGAAGCAUAUCACGUUUGCCCUAGACAACAAAGAGGCUAAAUCCGAUCCGGUAGCACCUUCAACCAACGCAAAGCCUCCGCUUAACAAACGCCGGGACUUAUCGCCCAUCUACGAGGCUCCCGAUUUGGUGAAGUCCACCAAAGAUGAUUCCAAGAGUCAGAAGAAAGAUACUCAGAAGAGUGACAAAAGAGAAGCAAGCUCACGCGAGGCAGAUGCCAAGAAGUCUAAGGACUCUAUGAGUCCUGAUGACAAAUCGCCACUCGGUGGCAGGAAUUUCCGCCUGUUCAGCUACAGCAGUGAUGAGGGUGACCACGAAGGAUCGGACAGCCACAAAAUGAGGAAAGCAAUACCACAACAUGAGGAAGAGAACAGCAGUUUUCCAAAGGACCUGACUGACAUUGUAAGUAUGGAAUUUAAUGGAAUCGAUAGCAAUGGCGAAACCAGCAGUCGCUGUAAAGAUGACAGUCAGGAGAAACUCUGGUAUGAGAGUUCUGACGAUGAAGAUGAUCCAAACGACAAUCUACCAUUCCACGCUGAGUCUUCCAGUGGCUUUGAACGACACAUCUGCUACCUAUGAAAGCUGCUAGGUAUUUGUUGUUCUCACAUUUUAUAUGAGUUUGCUGAAUUUUGUAGAGCUCAGAUACUUGAACUGUACAUGGGCUUGAUGUUAAGACUCGGGCUGAAUUCCUUUUUUUUUUAAUUGCUUACAUUCCCUUCUUGAUACAAUUUAUUAUUAAUCCUUUCAAUUUAAUUUUGAUUUUAAAAAUUGUGAGAACAAUCAUCAAUGAGAAAAUGUUGCCAAAUGUUGUGAGUUGCUUCAAACCUUGAACAAUUUUAACAUAUCUUAAUGUAUUGACUUCGGUACUGUAUAUUUUGUUGCUGUGUCCUCCCCCUUUUGUUUAUUAUCAUUUGUCAUUCCACAGAGUGUUUCAACUAAAUAUCCAGUUAGGAUCAUUGGUAGAAGACAAGGAAGGAAAUAAAAGUUUUACCGGAGGGAGGGAAAACCCCAUGACAUUCCGGGGGG